AUGGAAGAAAAAAAGCAAGAAGAAAUUAUCAGCGGCGAAAAUAUAAGCGCAAUCUCUGUACAGUCAAGACUACUACCGUUUUGGCGCGAAUAUCCCAGAGCCUGGUUUAUUCAAUUCGAAGCCGUCGUCGACCCGCUUAAGACAUCCGAUGACCAAAAGUUUCGCUACGUUCUGCAACAACUUCAAUCAAGCGAUCUCCAACAUCUCACUGAUAUUUUAUAUCAGCCACCCGCCGUUGAUAAAUACCAAGCAGUGAAGACACGACUACUUGCCGCCUACGAAAAAUCCGACGUCAAGAAUUUUCAAAAACUCAUCAGUGGUCUGGAACUCGGAGACCAGAAACCUUCGCAACUCUUAAGAAAAAUGCGAGAAUUGAGUAGCGGCAUGGUAACAGAUGAAGGACUUAGAAUCGAAUGGUUGAAUCAACUGCCUACUCAAGUCCGUGUCGUACUAUCGGUGAACACGGAGGCUGCCUUAGACACACUCGCCGCGAUGGCCGACAAAAUGUUAGAGUACACUGAACGUCCCAACAUCGCCGCAGUGUCAUCUUCGAGCGCAACAACCUCUUCUACACAAUAUGAAGCAUUAGCGAAGCAAAUCGAAAAUCUUACCCUCGAAGUUGCUGAACUACGACGUGGUCGUGCUCCGUAUCGCCAAUAUCGCCGUCCCUUUCACUCACGCUCACGCUCGCAUUCGAGAUUACGCAAGACCUCAAAAGUAAAGCCGGGAGAUGCUACAUGGGAAUGCAAGUAUCACUUCCGAUUCGGUGAUAAAGCGAAGCGCUGCGUUUCUCCGUGUUGCAGAAGAAAUAAGAAGUCGGAAAACUAA